AACCACGAAUAAUAUCACAUCAAGGGACAGCGAAGUCAAAAGAUUCUACACUAGGAGAGGUUCGCAUCGGCAAAUCCGUCCCCAGUCCCCUGAGCGCGAUCGCCGGACUGCCAAGAUUCGAAUCCGUAUUCCAGUAAAAAGAAGCUUAAUUGUGAGAUAUGGCAAUAGCUGUGAUAGCAUUGAUUCUGGGUGUCUUACUUGGAGCUUUUAUUUUGAUACCCCGGCAUGGUAAAUCAGCUCAUACCAACCAGGUUCAAUCAAAUGGUAACAAUUCUAAGGCAUCUAAAUCCUACAGUAAAACAGAGGUAGCUCUACAUAAUAAGAGGACUGAUUGUUGGAUCAUCAUUAAGGACAAGGUUUAUGAUGUUACCUCAUACGUAGAGGAACACCCAGGUGGUGAUGCCAUCUUGGCCCAUGCCGGAGAUGAUUCAACUGAAGGGUUUUAUGGGCCACAGCAUGCUACCCGCGUCUUUGACAUGAUUGAUGACUUUUACAUUGGAGAUCUUCACAAGUAAAUUACAAGCACUCCUCCAUCGGGUUGUAAAACUAGGGAGGAGAAAAGAAGCACUUCUGAAUAUUCUUCUGUUGGCUUUUCUGCCUCACAAGUCUAACAUUGUUACGUGCUGUGCACACUAAAAGUUCCUUACUAGGAGAAAACUUAGCAGUUAUUGAUCUCUUGCACUUAAACUAUUAUUUCUCCAUCAGCAGAAUAGUUUGUGACUUCUCCUUGCUCUGAUAAUCUUGUUCCCUUCAAGGAGUUACAUGGGAAAACAUAUAGAAAGAGGGUUGCCGUAUAAAAGUGUUUUGUAUCGUUUGGGUGUAUGUGCUCUUCAAGUUUAUUCUGAAAAGCCAAAAUUCUGAUUUUU